AUGGAGAGGUACUAUGGUAGAAAAAGAGAUUCGCCAUCUUCUACAGAUUCGAAUAUUGAAAGUUCAAAAUUAAAAAAGGUAGAGAUUAAUCUUGCAGAGCUUCCUUCAGAUCCUGGGCUACGAACUCCAAUUUUAGAAUAUGAUCCUAAUGUUAGAGACCAAAUUCGGAGAGCAUAUCUACAAAGAGGUCCUUAUCAACCCAUAAUUGAAUUUCCAGAUAAAAUGAUCGCAAAUCAAAGAAGAAAAUUUCAUAAAUCCCGGUUUGCCGAUUUUCCUACUUGGUUGGAAUAUAGCAUAGAAAAGGAUGCUCUAUUUUGCUUGUAUUGCUAUCUUUUUGAAUUAAAUAAUGGAGACCAAACAGGUGGUGAGUGUUUUGUAAAAAUGGGGUUUUCAUAUUGGAAAGAAAGGUCAAGAGUGGGAAAACAUGUCGGAGGCCCUAAUAGUAGCCAUAAUGAAGCUCAGAGGAGUUGUGAAGCUUUAAUGAACCAAAAUAAGCAUAUUGAAACAAUACUAUCUAAACACUCCAGAGAAGUUCAAAUGGAAUAUCGAACUUGUUUGAAGUCAUCAAUUGAUUGUGUUAAAUAUUUACUACGACAAGGGCUUGCAUUCCGUGGACAUGAUGAAUCUGAGGAUUCAAAUAAUCGAGGUAACUUUUUGGAACUUUUGCAUUUUCUAGUUGAUCACAAUGAUGAUAUCAAAGUUGUUGCAUUGAAGAAUGCCCCUAGAAGUUUGAAAUUGACAUCUUCUGACAUUCAAAAAGAUAUUGCUAGAGUUGUUGCUUCUGAAACAGUUAAUGAGCAAAUGGCUGUUGUACUACGCUAUGUUGAUAAAAAUGGUCUAGUGAUUGAACGUUUAAUUGGGGUGGAACAUGUUACUAGUACUACGAGUCUUUCACUUAAAGAAAUGAUUGACAAAGUAUUUUCUAGACAUGGAUUGAGUUUGUCUAGACUACGAGGACAAGGAUAUGACGAGGCUAGUAAUAUGCAAGGAGAGUUCAGUGGCCUCAAAACUCUAAUAUUGAAGGACAGUUCAACCCUUGUAGCAGUAGCAAAAAAGCAUAGUAAAAUUGCAUCUUUCUUCACCUUGGUUGCUAUUGUUGUGAAUAUUGUGGGAGCAUCUGCCAAACGUUGUGAUAUCCUUCAAGAUAAGCAAGCUACCUUGAUUCUCAACUCACUCCAAAAUGAUAAGACUUUACAUGGUCGGGGCUUAAAUCAACCUAUUUCUCUUAAACGUGUUGGAGAUACACGAUGGGGCUCACAUUACGAUACGUUGAUAAGUGUGAUGAAAAUGUUUUCUUCUAUAAUUGAACUUCUUGAAAUCAUUGUUGAUGAUGGAUCCAAUUCUGAUCAAAAAGGUGAAGCAGAAAAUUUAUUGGGUUUCAUGCAAUCAUUUGAAUUUGUGUUUAACUUACAUUUGAUGAAAACUAUUUUGGGAAUUACCAAUGAGUUGUCAAAGGCACUACAACGAAAUGAUCAACAUAUUGUAAAUGCCAUGACACUAGUAAAACAACUUCAAGAGCUCAAUGAUCGUUUUAAUGAGGUCAAUAUUGAGUUGCUCUUGUGUGUGGCGUGUUUAUCUCCAUGUGAAUUGUUCUCUACUUUUGACAAGCAAAAAUUGGUUAAUUUGGCUGAGUUUUAUCCUAAAGAUUUUUCUGGAAUAGAGUUGAUGGAACUCGAUGACCAAUUGGAAUCUUACAUUGUUGAUAUGCGCAUAAGUACAAAUUUCAAAGAGUUGAAAGGAAUUGGUGAGCUUGCAUGA